GACUUGGAUUAAGGCUCAAGACCAGCUUAAAAGAUGGGUGUCGCAGCGAGAGGAACGUACAUGGCACCAGCAAUAGCAUCAGGCCGCCCUGGUCUGUUGUUGCCAGUGCUUCUCCUCCUCCUAUCAUGCUUCCUGUCGCCCGAGCUCGUCGCUCCCAUCCAUGCCCAGCUCGACGACAUAGGUUUCAUUAGCAUCGACUGUGGGAUCAGGGAGGGCAGCAGAUACCAAGACCCGGGUCCCAACCGGGACAAGAUGUGGUACGUCUCUGACAUCGGCUUCGUCGACGCUGAUGCGGGGGCGAACGCCCACGUCAGCCCGUCAUUCGACAUAUACGACCUAUCACAGCGGUAUGAUAACGUCCGCUACUUCCCCCCUUGGGGUGCCGGCAACCGGAGCUGCUACACGCUCUGGGGGCCAACGCAAGGAAACAAGUACCUGGUCAGGUGCAGCUUCUACUACGGCAACUAUGAUGGCAACUAUGACGGGAACAGAAGCCUCCCGGCCUUCGACCUCUACCUUGGGGUCAAUCGAUGGGCCACCGUCAACGUCACCAACACCACGGACAGGUACAUCCUCGAGGCGGUGGUAGUGUCAACGGCCAACUUCUUACAGGUAUGCCUGGUGAACAUAGGGUUGGGUACGCCUUUCAUCUCUUCGCUUGAGCUGAGGCCGCUCAAGCCAGCCAUGUACCCGGAGGCCACCGUGAACCAGUCGCUGCUCCUCCUCAGCCUUCGCCUGCCGACAGCGGCAUUCCCCUUUAACCGGUACUACUUCUGGCAGUCGCCUAGAGUAUACAGGUACCCAGAUGACGACUUCGACCGUGACUGGCAGAGCUACUUCAACGCCACUGCGUGGAUCCAAAUAAAAACGAAGGGCACCGUAAAUGUAUCCAACUCAAGCAGCUUUGCCAAGGCACCAAAGGUGGUACUGCAGAGCGCCGCUGCUCCAGUGAACGGGACCCGGCUCGACUUCUCAUGGAGCACGGACCCUUCGCUGGACAACAACAGCAACAGUAGCACAGCUUACCUCCUGCUGUUCUACUUCGCGGAGCUGGAGCGGCUGCCGAGCAGCUCGUCGAGGCGAUUCGACAUUCUCAUCGAUGGUUCUUCGUGGGACGGCGGCCGGAACUACACCCCAAAGUACCUCACUGCAGAGGUCUUGAAAAAGGUAGUGGUGCAGGGGGCGGGCCAGCACACCAUCUCGCUUGUCACCACGCCAGGCACAGUGCUCCCACCCAUCCUGAAUGCGCUCGAGAUAUACUCGGUGCGGCAGAUGAAUGAGCUUGGGACGAACAAUGUAGAUGCCGAGUCCAUGAUGAAAAUUCGCAAGACAUAUGUGCUGAAGAAAAACUGGAUAGGUGAUCCUUGUGCACCGAAAGCAUUUGCGUGGGAUGGCCUGAACUGUAGUUACUCUUCAUCUGGUCCUGCAUGGAUAACAGCUUUAAACUUGUCAUCUAGCGUGUUGACUGGUGCAGUGGAUCCUUCUUUUAGCGAUCUAAAAUCCAUCCAAUAUCUGGACUUGUCCAAUAACAGCCUGUCUGGCCCAAUACCUGAUUUUCUAGGACAAAUGCCAUCACUCAUAUUCCUUGAUUUGUCGAGCAAUAAACUCAGCGGAUCAAUUCCUGCAGCUCUACUAGAAAAACAUCAAAGUGGAUCUCUUGUACUAAGGGUUGGUAACAACACAAAUAUCUGUGACAAUGGUGCCUCUACAUGUGAUCCCGGCGGCAAUAAAAAGAACCGAACACUCGUCAUUGCAAUAUCUGUCGCAAUAGCUGUUGCAACUAUACUGUUUGUGGCAGCAAUUCUUAUCCUUCACAGAAGGAGAAAUGGACAAGAUACAUGGAUCAGAAACAACUCAAGGCUUAACAGCACCUGGAACACGUCGAACUUAUUUGAGAACAGACGGUUCAGUUACAAGGAGCUGAAGCUAAUUACAGCUAACUUCAGAGAAGAAAUAGGGAGAGGAGGAUUUGGUGCUGUGUUUCUUGGUUAUUUAGAGAAUGAAAAUGCAGUUGCCGUGAAGAUCCGUUCAAAAACAUCAUCUCAGGGGGAUAAAGAGUUUCUAGCUGAGGCUCAACACUUAAGUCGAGUUCAUCAUAGGAAUCUGGUAUCCUUAAUUGGUUAUUGCAAGGACAAGAAACAUCUGGCCCUUGUCUAUGAAUAUAUGCAUGGAGGAGACUUAGAGGAUUGCCUAAGAGGAGAGGCUUCUGUUGCUACACCCCUCAGUUGGCAUCAACGUCUCAGGAUUGCUCUCGACUCUGCCCAUGGAUUGGAGUAUCUACACAAGUCCUGCCAACCGCUGCUAAUCCAUAGAGAUGUGAAGACAAAGAACAUCCUGCUAACUGCUGACCUAGAGGCAAAGAUAUCCGACUUUGGCCUCACGAAGGUGUUUGCCAACGAGUUCAUGACCCAUAUCACCACCCAACCGGCAGGUACCCUGGGGUACCUUGACCCUGAAUACUACAACACAUCCCGGCUCAGUGAGAAGAGUGACGUGUACAGCUUUGGGGUUGUACUACUGGAGCUCAUCACCGGCCAGCCGCCAGCAGUCGCCGUUAGUGACACCGAGAGCAUCCACAUCGCACAGUGGGUGCGCCAGAAGCUUUCAGAGGGUAACAUAGAGAGCAUUGCUGACUCAAAGAUGGGGAUGGAGUAUGGUGUUAACUCAGUCUGGAAGGUUACAGAGCUGGCACUGCGGUGCAAGGAACAACCAUCAUGGGAACGCCCAACGAUGACCGAGGUUGUGGCUGAGCUCAAUGAGUGCUUGGAGCUGGAGGUGUCUCGUGGAAUUGGCAACUACAGCUCAGUCACCAGUGAUGGUCUCAGUGCAAUGAGUGCUGACUUGCAUAGUGAUCUUCAAAGAAGUGAUCUGAGACAGAAAAGCAUGCCUGAGUUGGAGGAUGGCGAUGCAUCCGCAACUCUCAUAGGUCCGACAACGUGCUGACACCAACUGUUUAAUUUUGUACGGUUCAGAGGUCUCGUGUAUGUAGUGUUGUAUAUAGGUAGGGAUGUAUAGGAUGCUUUGGAAAAUAAAAUUAGAUGGCAUCUUAUUUGAAAUGUAAACAAGAAAUUGAUCUCCCAGCUUGAUAGACUGCAUAUAUGAAGGUUGUGAGUGUGGGCUUAA